AUGAGGAGGGAGAACCAGAGCAGCGUGUCCGAGUUCCUCCUCCUGGGGCUCCCCAUCUGGCCAGAGCAGCAGGGUGCGUUCUUUGCCCUGUUCCUGGGCAUGUACCUGACCACGGUGCUGGGCAACCUGCUCAUCAUCCUGCUCAUCAGGCUGGACCCUCACCUCCACACCCCUAUGUACUUCUUCCUCAGCCACUUGGCCCUCACUGACAUCUCCUUUUCAUCUGUCACCGUCCCUAAGAUGCUGAUAAACAUGCACACUCGGGAUCAAUCGAUCCCCUAUGCAGGGUGUGUAACACAGAUGUAUUUUUUCAUAUUUUUUGGUUGUGUUGAUAAUCUCCUUCUUGCAGUGAUGGCCUAUGACAGGUACGUGGCCAUCUGUCACCCUCUCCACUACACCAUCAUCAUGCGAGGAAACCUGUGCAUUUCACUGGUGGCUGUGUCCUGGAUCUUCUCCUGUAGCAGUGCAAUGUCCCACACGCUCAGCCUGGUGCGGCUGUCCUUCUGUGCUGAUAACACAAUCCCUCAUUUCUUUUGUGAUCUUGCUGCCCUGCUUAAGCUCUCCUGCUCAGACACCUCCCUCAAUGAGUUGGUCAUCUUCACUGUGGGGGCACUGGGAAUCAUCAUACCACUCACUGGCAUCCUAGUGUCUUAUGUCCCCAUCGGGGCCUCCAUCCUGAGAGUCCCCUCAACCAAAGGGAUUUACAAAGCCUUGUCCACCUGCGGCUCCCACCUCUCUGUGGUUUUCCUAUUCUACGGGACAAUUAUGGUUCUGUACAUUUUCCCACCAUCAAACAACUCCAAUGACAAAGACAUAAUUGCUUCAGUGAUGUACACAGUGGUCACGCCUAUGCUGAACCCUUUCAUCUACAGUCUGAGGAACAGGGACAUGAAGGGGGCUCUUGGGAGACUUUCCAGGUGGGAGAUCUUCUUCUCUAAGUAA